CACAUAUGAAACGCGUGAUAUAUUCAAUAUUAUUCAUUUUAUUACUUUCUGUUAUCAUAGUCAAGGCUGAAACAGGAUCUGAUGUCGUGAGUCUGGUUCAAGAUGAGGACACGAAUGAAAUAGCUGACAUUGACAUGACAAAUAAACAUGAAACGACGACAGAAAAUAUAAAAGAGUUGAUUAUACACGAUAAACAGCUAGCAUCAAGUUACCUCGAAUACCUCAAAUACCAGGUCUACAAAGUUAAAAUGGAAAUGCUAAGCCAUGAUAACGCAAGGGCAUAUUCACCUUCUUCCAUGUAUGAUAUCGCCUUUAGUUUAGGCCAUUAUUUCCCUGAAUGGACAUUCCCUCCUUCGUUAUGGAAAGAAGAUCGGGUGACACGCAGAAGAAAGAUAGCAAAGUUUUUCUCAACUUCCAAGUUUGGCGAUCGAUUAUAUGCUCUACGUAUACGUAACAAGGCUCUUGAAUGGGCAAGCAAUGCAAGCAAGAGCUUCAAGAAUGAUUAUGCAGAUGAGAUGAUAAAUGAUGUAGACACGUUAUUUGAUUCACUACAUCAAUUUACGAAUCUAGUGUUUGAAUCUGUUCACUCGUCUAAAGCUAAGCCUAUUAUUCCUGAAAUAUUUAAGACAAACAACAUCAUUGAUUCGUUUGCUAAAAAGAACAAUGCGACAUUCAACGAGAUGAUGAAGAGGAUAAAUGAAGAGUUUGAUACACUUGUCAAUCCCUCAGGAGAAUUGCGUGUUAGCUUUGAAAGUAUUCGAUAUGAUAUUAUGAAGGAAAUGAAGGAAAUCAGAAAUGAUUUAUACAAAAAGAUGCAUGGUACUUUAGUGCAGAGCUUUAGCGAUAUCCUCAACUGUUAUUACGAUGUUAUGGGGCAAAGUGUAGAUAUAAAGAUCACUCAACGGUUACGUACUUGUUUCAAUUCUAUAUUGAAGAAAAAGUCAUCCAUUGACAAAGAUAUCUUAACAUACAAGAAACGUCUUGUUUCUCUUUGGAAACAGACUAUAAAUGAGCUAUCCCAGAGCCCAUGGCAAGCUGACUAUUGGAUAGAUGCAUUUGCAGAAGUACAAGAAGCAGCGACUCAAUUGGGAAAGAGUAUUUACAAAAGUGUAAAGUCAAAUUAUAGAGACUCUGGGUUCCGAUUUAAUAACAACAGAAGAAUUGUCAUUCAGUCUCCCAUUGAUGUGAAUUAUUGCUACUUGGACCCAUUUCUAUUGAGAAAAGGGUUUAUUUUGGCUUGUGUUUUGAUUCUGCUGAAGAUACGAACACGGUGAUGUUUUACAGGUUGGUGAUCAUAGUAAGUAGUGUUUGGUAGUGAUAAGAAGGGAAAAGAUUGCAAAUGAACAAACUAUGAAAGUAAUUGUAUGAUGAACAAAAGCAAAUAUUUAUAUUGUCAAUAAAAUAUGACUCGACUGUAAAAUGAAUUACAUUAAAGUUUCGUUGAUAAAAUGCCAAUAUAGAACAAUUCUUAGUCCCUGAAAAUCCAAAGGUUAGCGUUAACAUUGGGACAAAAAAAGUACUGACUCUAGAACUUUAAGGAAUUAGAUCCAAAUUGAAAAAUAUUACAAACAAGAAAGGGAUUAUUCUCAUAGUCUCAAUCAAUCAAAAGGAGCGAUCGGCAAGAGCGUGUGCUAAAUUGGGCAGUUGAUUCA